CGGCUAGGUUUCCCUUCAGCAGCUGGCCUGCGAGCAGUGUUACCACCUUUUCCAGUAAAUCAGUGCGUCGCGAUUUUUUAAAAAUUUUCAGUGCGCCUCAAGUGAUACGGGUGAAUGUGUUUUUUCGCGGUUACCAACAUCCUGAGUGAAGAAGGUGGAAAGUAAGUGGUGGUCAAACGGUACAGCCAAGAAUCGAUAAGCUGAUUUUCCGGAUCGUAUAAGUGUUCAAGUGAAAUAAAUUCCAAAUGAUUUUGAAAUGCCUCAAUGUGCGGUAGUUGGUUGUAACAGUACGCAUAGAAAGACCAAAGGUGGCUCCAUCCGCUACCACAGAUUUCCCGGCGAUUCGAAAACACGCAGUAGCUGGCUCAAAGCCUGUGGAAAACAAUUGCACAAUUGUUCGACCGCUCGCAUUUGUUCGCGUCAUUUCACCGACGAAAGUUACGAACGAGACGUGCAACACGAGAUACUAGGUUUGCCUACUAGGUGUCGCUUGAAAAAAGGAGCGAUUCCCGAAAAGAACCUACCGACGGACUUCUUGAAGGAAGAAGAGGUUCAGGAGAGCGCUUACGAUAUCUUAUUGGCUGUCGGAUUGGUGCCUACGGUGCAGCCAACUGAGAAAACAUCAGGUGGACUUCCCGAAGACUUGAAUAAAAUGCAGAUAAUGGAAGACGUACGAGAAGGUUGCAAUGUCCAGCCCUCCUCUCCCGGACAUGCCGAGCAGCGUACUGAUGAAUCUCAACCGAAAUCCGAAACGAAUGUUGAAGAAAAACCAAGAGAUGAACCUGACGAGGAAGUGAAAACUGAAAACGACAAGGACGUUAAACAUAUAGAUGAAGCCAGAGAGAAUGAAGAAGCGGCAGAAAUCAAAGCGGAGCCAGAAACAGUGGAGGAGACCUACAGCAAUUCCAGCUCUCCGAACGCGGAACCAAGCAAGAGAAAGUUGGAAAACGACGAGUUUCCCGUGAAAAGACUGCGUGCCGAGAUCCACGAGAAUUUUGCAUCCCGCGACAAGAUUCUCAACGAAUUCAUCAACAUGGCGGAUUGCAACAGCCUGGAGCAACUGAAUUCCUACAGCGAACAACUUCUAGCGGAAGUUAAAACCUUGAAUGAACUCGCCAAGGAGAAGGAAAGAGAGUGGAACAACAUCAUCCAUCUGAAGAAGCUGAAGGAAGAACUCCUGUUGAGAAUGCAGCGGAAAAGGCAACUCUUGCUGAUGAACGAGAAGUCAGACUAUUCUGAUCUGCGUAACGAAUCUCAAAACGAACAUACUGACGAGCGUUCGAAGAACAGCCUACCCCAGAACUUUCUGAAAUCCAACUUAACGAGUCCUAGGUCGGCCUUGCGCAUCCCUAGUAUCAGCUUGAAUGGGAACAACGCCAAAAACCGGAACUUAAUGCCGAAACCGCAGCAGAACUCAUUAGAAACGAACGGAGCAGCUGACUUGCGUCAAGGAAAACGACUCACCUUGGACGUGCAGUCAAUUAUUGCUGAUUAUAGGCAGAGACAUCCCGAAGUUGUUCCACGGCGAGGUAGAAGAAUUAGGCAGCCCGAUGGGUCACACAAAUAUUCGAAUAGUAUCUUGAAUUUCUCUUCUAUGGCAUUAGGCAGUGGCUCGCAAGUCAGACAAGGUUCCGAUGUCAAAAAUGAGCUGAAUGUGCUGCUGAACACCAUAAAUAUGAAUAGACAAGAAGGCGGAAGGCCAUCCACCGUGGACCCAUCAGCUGCCAAUUCUCAAGAUGGUGUAUCCUUCAAGGACAUGCUCGUUCAGUUCGCCAAAUUGUCGCAGAGCGAAAGAAAUGAGCUUAUCCAGAAUGCCAUAAAACCCCCGCCGCCAUAUCCAGAAGUCACUGUUCAUCCAGUUCCUACAACUUCAGCACCAACAGCCCCAUCAACUCCAACAAAUUCCCUUUUACAUGGUAUAUUGACAAAGACUCCUCCAAAGCAGACCUCUAAGUCUUCGUUCAGUCCAACACUGGCUCGACUUUUGACAGCGCCUGAAAGAGCUGCCAACAACCUCGCAACUUCCACUCCCACGGCAGGUUCUAACACGACGAUUCAUCCUUCCAAUAUGUCGAUAUCUGAAAUAUUAUCAAGCAGUAAGGCUCACAACGAAAUCACAAUAACUCCAGUGGAGACACAAUUCGAAGCUUCACCAUCCAAAGGAAGAAAUAUGGAGGAAGACGAAACAGAAGACAGUGCCGACAGGCUCGUGAUAGACGAGAAUAACGAGGCCAUAGACGCCAGGAAGCAACCUAUGAGCGUCGACAACAGUUCCGAAGCAGGAGACGAAGUUCCUCCGUGCCAAGGCUGUAAUCAAAAAGCAGCGCAGUUCGUAUGUGCCGGCUGCGGAAACCAAUGGUACUGCAGUCGAGAUUGUCAGGUUUCCGCUUGGGACGAGCAUUCUGAAGUAUGUUCUGGCUGAACAGUACAAGAAUCAUAAUCUAAUCACAUCAGGAUUUCAAAAUAAGAUAUGAGAUGCUUCAUUUCACCUUUAUAUAGUAUGUACACGCCGUGCUAAAAUGAAAAGCUCAAAUUCAGUCAUUACAGAAGAAAAAUCCCAGUUUUGGCUGAUUGGAAGAAUAUUUCAAGGUUUCUCUAGUAGUGAGAAAUAAUUCUAGACGAGUCAUCUAUUUUUACCACAUAUAUAAACGCAUAACUAUAUUCUAAAGGUAAAUCACCAAUAAAAGAAUCAAAUCAACCUCAUGCUGUUGCAAAAUUUGUUAGAAACUAGGAAAAACUUUGUCGAUAUAAGAAUUUAUUUAUUUGCUACCCCCAAGUUUUGUGACUCCUAAUAAUUAACUAUUUAUAAAUUAGAUGUAUUUUGCCAAAGAGUUCCAAAGGUGUAUAUUUAGUAAGUAGGGUUUCGAUAGUAGAUAGAUUAGGCUAAUGUAACGACAAGCAAAAUCAAAAAUGUUUUAUAAGCUAUAGGUUAGAAAGUUUUUAUUUGUAAUAGCCAUUAGGACUCUCGAUGACAUGAUUAACUUCCUGAUAUCACUUCACCUCAAAGGAAUAAGUGUCAGAAUGUAUUGUUUUUUUAUAGUUUAGUUUACAGUAUAGUUCAUUAGUUUAAUUGUUUGUAAAUACUUAGAUCAACACUACUGGCAGUAUUGAAUAUCAAGCAGUCUCCUGAGGAUUUGUUCUACAGUUCAUUAUUUCUCACCUGAAACUCUUUCAUGAAAAUGGUCAAUAUCAAUAGUCAACGUCAAAACUUUGUUCCUUGAAAAUUUGUGAAUUUUAUUAUGCUCAUAAUGCUAGUUCACUUUACAUUGAAGGGUGUUCAGAAAACAACUGGUAAAUGAUUCAAAAAUAUUUUUUGAACUCAUGACCAAACUAACUUGAACUAUUUGAAACUGAAGUAAAUUGAAUGGAGAUUCAUUAUGGAAUGAAUUAGAACCUGACGUAAACAUCGGGUUCUGGUUCGUCUAUAUUUUUAACAAGAAGGGCAAUAUAUUUAAAUAUGAACCAGCUGUGUGGGUACCGAAGUCGUCUGUAUUGAACCAGAUUGGGAAAUGGGUCUAUAAGAUAUAUAGAAUACUGGGGAAUAAUAGGGAACACACUCAGGAAAACCUUCAUAAAGGGAUUGUCCACGAAGGGAAUUGAAUGUGAGGUACAGGAUCACAGGUGGCAUACAGUUCGUGAACCACUCAAAUUAUGUUCAGGGCACAUGUCAUGAAAAAGAUUGAAGAAAAACGCAAUAAGCCCACGAGGCUGCAAUGUUUUCCAGAGACUUGGGGGCAAUGGAUAAGAAGUCAGGCAGCUCCUAAGUAGUAGAAAAAAAUAUUAGCAGAUUCAAGUGGUAGUUGGCCCAACUCACAAUCAAAAAGUCGUGACCAUCCCUAUCUGUACAAGUUAUUUUUCUCGAGAGAAUUUAUCUAGUUGAAAUCGGGAUAAUCCUGCAAUGUUACACGACUAAUGGACUGCAAAUAGCCAUGAUGUUUCCUAAGUGGCUCGGGGAGUUAUUAACAUUGUCUACGCAGAACAUGAAGCUAAUGACCAAAGCAUUCAAUGCCGUUAACAUAAAGAAAAUGUAAAUAUUGUCCACAGUUCAUAUGUCUGACACAUACUCAAAUGCUGCUGCAUCCUGACUUUCCAGAUGGGUCUGAUUUCUCUGAAAUGAUAUCGAACAUUUUCAGUUCAUUUCCUCAAAAAUGUAUUCUUCGAUAAUUUUUUGGGUUGAAAUUUCGAGUGAAGGCUUUGGUUUUCAAGACAGCGUAAAUUCGAUAAUUUUCCUAGAUCAAUAACCAACGACGAGUAAGAAGUAUUCAAGAACGUUUAAUAUUUUACUAUUUGAAAUUGUAGAUAUUUAUUGGGGAAAUUCACAUCUAUCGAAAAAUAAUUGCUGUUCUUUUCAAUUUGAGUUGUGACUCAGUAGGUAUAUUUUCCUGGAGUCUCUGUUUUACACUAUGACGUUCAAUGCGUUAACAAUAAUGAAAAUUUAAGACUAUCAAGAAAAUGAAUAUUUUUAGAAUGAAAUGGAAACUCCUCCAACAUUUCCAUACGAGGUGGAGCUCCCACUUCUGAAAACCCUAUCUCAAGAUGUGCAGUAGAUUUGUAGAAAUCUGUUGUCAGUAUGUUAGAUUAUUCGAGCCGUAAACGUCCAAAUUCGGGACCGUAUUCAUUUAGUAAUGAAGUUUAAAUACUUCAAUACUUUCUUUGCCACAUACCGACCCAAACUUUACGCAGAUACAAUUUCUCCCACCGGCCAUGACUAUGUCCGGUAGCUGUACUUUAUUGUACUUAAACGGCUUCAAUCUCGAACGAGUACAACUUGCAAUGCUGUCUUGGUCAGAUCUCUCCUGCACUGAUUAGGAGUGAUACCCCAAAACUGUUCACUAAAUUGAUUUCAGCUUACUCCUGCUCCUGAAAAAAAAAAUUUUUGCGAGUAAAAUAGUGGAAGUGUCACACACAUUCUUCAAAAAAUGAUAUUUCUUAUGAUUCUCCUCAUAUAAUAAUGCAGAAAAGAUUUUCAACACUAGAUUGGCAAUAUAAUCGAUACAAUGAAGAAAGUGAUUGAAAGUGUCAGUUUCUAUAAAAAAUUAAUUCAUUUUUACUUUCUAUAAAAUAUGUGACAAAUACAGUUAGGUACAAAAGGCCUCCGAAAUUUUAUCAGUGUCAUAAAUACAUAGAUCCGUUCUCUCAAACCAUAUGUUUAAUGUACAAAUGAACAAACAUACUUUCUUCCUGACAUUUUUUUCAGAUCUCAUCAGUUCCUUUCAAGAACAAUAAAAAAUAUUUUCCUCUGUAAUCCCAAAGAAUUGAACCAGGUGAAAUAUGAGAAAUAAGAAAGUAGGAAUCAAUAAAUGCAUAAUUUACAAGGUAACAUUAAUGUGCUUGAUAUUCAUUACAAUAUAGGUCGAACAUCUCAUUUGGAAAUGCAUUCAUUAGAUUUCAUAAUUUAAUUGGUGGGCAAUUUCUCUAUGAUUGAUGAGAGGAGGUGGGCUGACCUCUCACCCUAUGGCUAAGUUACUGAUUUGUACUAGUCAUUACCUACAGUAAAGUUACCUAUAAUGUUAAUUUUUUUGCUUUUUGUGUAAGUGCCAUCAUUGUGGUUUUUUGUACAUAUUUUUUGAAUAAACACUGUAAAACAUUUUAUGUAAGAUACAAUUCUGUGAUAUCCAUUUAAGGAUCAACGAUACUUAAAUAAAGCUAGUAUCUUUCUUA